AAAAACAAAACAGAACUCAUCUGACUUUCGUCAACAAGUCUGUAGUGUUUUGCAGUUCAGUUCUGUCGAGCGGAGCCAGUUCCAGCUGUUGUGUAGGGGUUGUGAAUCGCGAGCAACCCCUUUCCUCUCUUCAAAUACUCUGUGAUUUUUCCUGGCGUCUCUGUGAGUGAGAGAACUCUCUGGAAGCUCUGCACCACCUAAAAACCAUCUUGUACCAGGACUCACCCCUCAGUUGGAUUUGGACCGUGGACGUGGGGUCGUCUAGAACUUCUUCUGUCUGUGUUUUCAUUUAGUCUCUACUUCAAAGAAAAUGGAGUUCCCAGGCCUUGGGGAGCAUUGCUCUGAGCGAUCAUGCCACAAGCUUGAUUUUUUACCAGUAAAAUGUGAUGCGUGUCAAAAGAUAUUCUGUCAUAGUCAUAUGUCCUACCUCCAACAUAAUUGUGAAUCGGCAUAUAAAAAAGAUGUUCAAGUUCCUGUUUGCCCUCUAUGCAAUAAUCCCGUCCCUGCAAAGAGAGGAGAACAACCUGAUAUAGCUGUUGGUGCCCACAUAGACAACAACUGCAAAUCAGACACUGCUCAAAAUCGAAGAAAAGUGUUUUCAAACAGAUGUUCUGCAAAAGGCUGCAAAAUCAAAGAGAUGAUCCCCGUAGACUGCUCUGAGUGUCUCUUAAAUUUCUGCUUGAAGCACAGGCACCCAGUUGACCACCAAUGUGGAGGGAAAAGUGCUGGUUUAAGAAGGAAGGCUGCGGAUGCUGCGUUAGCCAGGCAGAGCUCGUCUCCCAAUUCAUUGAAGGGUAAAUCAAAAACCCUACCUCCAUCAAGUCAAAGACUUGGCAGCAAAACUCUGUCAGACGUUCAGGGAAAUCUGAGUGAAGAUGAAGCUCUUGCCAGGGCCCUAGCAGCCUCUAUGCAGGAAUCUUCACAAUCAAACAACUCUACAGCUGGCAGUCUGACUGCUCAAGAAUCAGCAGAUUUGGCCUAUGCCAGAGCUAUUGCAGAGUCUGAACAAAUGCAUCAGAACUCCCAACAAGCCCAGACUGCUGGAGGAUCAAGAGAUAAAUGUGUGUUAUCCUAGUAACAUUUACUUCUGCACAAUUUUGACAAUCUAUUGCUUCUGUGAGUCAGUUUAAAGAUAAAACUCUGCACAAGUUUCAGAAUUUUUCAACUCCAAUUUUUAAUUACAUAUUCCCUGAGUAAACAUUCCUAAAGUUGCUAUAUUUUUUAAAUUAUUUCUUUUGUGUUCAGAAUUAGUUUAAAAUUAGGAGCCAAAACUGUUUAAGUAUGUACCUGUGUAAUGAUUUGAUUUUAAUAAUCCAUCAUUUCCAUCAAAAUAUAUAUUUUUUCUUAGCUUUUUUAAACUCAAAAUCUAAUAUCUUUGUGCUCACUAACUUGUCAGAAACUAGAAUCUUCAAAACCUUAUAUUAAUAUUUUUGAUGGUCAUAGUGUUUUACAAUGAACCUUGUUUUUUAUCGACUUCUCUGAGAUUAACACUUAAUUUUUGGUCAAGCACCAGCCUCACAUCGUGUUUCUCCUUAUCUGAUAGAUGGAAUCCUAUGUGCUCAUGAGAAUUGUGUGUCAUUUAUUCAGGUCUUAAACCUGUGGAAUACUGCGUAACCUCAGUGACUGCCAUUUACAAUAUCAAGUGUGAGGGUCUAUUUUUACUGUUUCAACUUUUCCAAUGUCUCGCUUUCACUACCAUGAUGCUUGAUGCUUUGUUGUUAGUUAGUGUUUGUAUUUAAGUUUCCCACUGUUUGUAAUUUCUUCUAAAAGAGAUGAACACUGAAUUGUUUAAUGUGUCUGUGAAGACAUGGGUUGUGAUAGCUGAGCUUAAAAUACAAAAUAUUUUUAACUCAA